UUCAGCAGCAUCAGACUGCUCUAAAGGGAAGAUGCCUGUCAGCGGCUGCACAAUGUUCCGUGUGAUGCCUCUGCUGCCUCUUCUGAACACGGGGUUGGGCUUCCAGCUGUGUCCCAGCCGCUGCCUGUGCUACGAGUCCUCUGACCUGGUGGACUGCCGGUCUCGUGGUCUGGUCCGGGUCCCUCCCAGUGUCCCACACGGCACCUGGCUGCUGGACUUGUGUGGGAACAAGCUGACUGAGGUUCACACCAGAUCCUUCGUGGGGCUGUGGUCCCUCAGGAUCCUCCUAAUGUCCAACAACAGCAUCCAAAGUCUGCAGCCACAGUCUCUGGCAUCGCUGCAGUUUCUGGAGAGGCUGGACUUGAGUUUUAACCAGCUGCGUUGGCUCCCUCAGGACUUCUCUCAGAGUCUGUCCUCGCUGCAGGAGCUUCAGCUGGACCACAACCUGCUGCUGCACCUGGACUCUUUUUCACUGGGGGAUUUUCAAAACCUGAAGAAACUGGACCUCAGUCACAACCGCAUCCGGACGAUGGAUGUCGGGGCUUUCAGCAGCCUGUCUCGACUGAGCCUCCUGAACCUGGAGGGAAACAGGCUGAACGUGCUUACAGAUGGCCUGUUGAGCAGGCAGCAAAGCCUGGAGGUGCUGCUGCUCAGCCACAACAACAUCUCGCUGAUCGAGACAGAAGCUCUGGCUCCUCUGCGGAGUCUGACUCUGCUGGGUGUCCGGGGCAACCAGCUGGAGCACAUCAGGUUCAAGACCAUCCUGAAGCUCCAGACCACCACCACCCACCUUCAGAUGUCCUUCAACCGCUGGACCUGUGACUGUGAGCUGCAGCGCAACUUUGCCAAGAUCCGCCACGUUCGACACCUGCAUGUGGACGACUACAAGGACAUCAUCUGCCACGCUCCGGCUCAGCAAGCCGGCAGCUUCCUGGCAUCGCUGGACAGCCAGCUGUGUAUCGCUGAGACAGCAUCAAUGCUCGUCAUCACCAUCACCGUGAUGCUGGCGGUGAUUGGUACCCUGGUCAAAGCAGAGUACAACCGCAAGAAGAACAUGCAAACUGUGAGUGAGGAAGACUCAGAGAGACAAGAAAGAUGA